AUGAUCGACGGUGUUGUGAUCUCUGCCAUACGAUUGACAUUGCUGUCGGCUUGUGCAGCGGCCAUGUUUACAGUCUGCGCAGCGGCAAUUACAGCUUAUGUUAUUUUCCCAGUUCCGUUCUUUGUGUUGACCAUGGCCCCAAUGUUUUACUUACUUCUCAUCAUCGCUGUUCGAUUCAUCGUCGGCAAACAUAUUGUACAUGAGAUGGUGGCACACUCCGACCAAUUGAUCCGAUAUGUUAUCUUCGUGUGCGCCCAGGUUACAUUGGCGUUUGUUUAUCCCUCUUACGAAUCUCUCUUUCGCGCUGCUGAAGGCACUCAGUACCAAAUGUUAGUGAUUCUACUCUUACCGAUCAUCAAAGUAGCAGUGAAAAAUAUGAUGCUGAGGUGCACAGCACACAUGGAAGAUAUGAUCCCAGAGGCUGUGAUCUUCACGGUGGACUUUUUCAACACUCUCUAUGUUGCCACGUGCAUGCAGAGUGCGUCUUCGGUAGUUGCUGUUACUGGCAUCACGGUGACCGAUCUACUACAGACAUGCGUAAUGCUUUAUGGCUUACAUCGACGUACUGCGUGGAUUCGACCUAAACUUCAGGAGAUUACCAACAUUCCAAGUGACAGGAAUUGUGUAUUGACAAUGGUUUCUGCCUUGUGUAAAGAUGCCGACAAAUUCUCGAGACAGAUUCGUUACGGUAUCCGAAUUCGCUCGUGCCUCCCACAUUUAAUAUCCGAAGAAAACAAGGCUCAUCUCCAGUCCCUCAAUGAAAUUUCUGACCAAGCUCCCCGGGUCAUCAAACCAGCGGCAGAACCUGUCGUGGACAGAAUGGAACGUCGCACUUAUACGUGCAAUUUUCGCUUAUUAUGCACACGAAUUCGAAAGGAUCGUGUCCUGCCGGUUUUGCCUUCUGCAGGGAAUCCAGGAUCGGAGCGCACGAAUGUCCCGAGCGCUCGAACGAAACGAUCGACUGUUCUCAAUGAUACUCUAGAGACACUAUUCACUACCGAGUGUAUCGUCGUUGCUUCGUAUUUGGAGGCGAUUGUUCCGUUGUUCUAUUGCAACUACAUCCUGCUAAUGGUACAUCUCCCAAGCGCUCAGUAUCAUACGGAAAUGGCUGGAGUUAACCUUGAAAAUGUUGGUUCCACUGUUUUCCCUGUAUUGAUAUUUGGGCUUUUGCAGCUGGUAUCGUUUGGGCUUCUAGUUGUGGUUAUCCAACGAAACUUUGGACCACGGGCGCUGUACCAGCUUGCAUUCGUGUUGGAGACACAGAUGGCAUUGGUCCAAGGGAAACUGAUGCUCUGGAUGGUAGUAACGUUUUCCUUUCGGGUGGUGCAUUUUGGAAUGGAUUUCACCUACAAGUUUGCAUGGAUCAAGUAAAAAAAACGUGUCAAUAAAGCCCAAAUCUCCCAGAGGUGGUCAAGGAGUAGUGUCAGCAGGACAGCGCACAGUUAUAAGUCACUACAAUGGGAUCUAAAGAAGUGAUUGCCGUGGAUUUUUAUCAACA